GGAUUGGCGGAGCGGGGCGAUCGCGGAAGCGGCGGCGGCCGCCGCGCAGCAUGGACGAGCGGCAGGCGCAGGAGCUGCUGGGCUUCCUCCGGCCCGAGGCCCGCGGGGACCUGAAGGGCCGCGCGCUGCGCUUCGUGCUGGGGCUGACGGGGGGCGCCGAGGGCCGCCGCCUCCUGCUGGCCCGGCCGGACCUCCUGGCGGCGCUGCUGGCGCUGACCGGCGAGCCGAGGCCGGAGCUGGCCGAGCCGGCCUUCCACGCGCUGCUCAACCUGGCGGCGGAGCCGGGGGCGGGCGGGGCGCUGCGGGCGGGGCUGCCGGACCUGCUGCGCCGCCUGCUCGACCCCGCCUUCCCGCUGCCCGGCCUGGCCUGCGCGCUCCUGGCCAACUGCUCGCGCGAGGAGGGGCCCUGCCGGGAGCUGCUGGCCGAGCUGCGGCGGCGGGGCGGCGGCGGGGCGGGGCUGGGGCCGCUGCUGGAGGCCUUCUGCGCCCAGGACCCGCGGCCGGGGGCGCCCUGGCACCAGCUGGGCGCGCUGCUGGGCAACCUGAGCCAGCUGCCGGAGGCCCGCGACGCCCUGCUGGAGCGCUCCGGGGGCGCCGUGCGGAGGCUGCUGCCCUUCACGCAGGACGCGGGCUCGGCGGCCCGGCGGCGCGGCGUGGCCGGGACGCUGCGGAACUGCUGCUUCGACCCCCGGCACCACGAGUGGCUGCUGAGCGAGCAAGUGGACCUCCUGCCCUUCCUUCUCCUGCCCUUGGCCGGCCCCGAGGAGUUCCCGGAGGACGAGAUGGAAAGGCUGCCCCUGGAUCUGCAGUACUUGCCAGCCGAGAAGCAGCGGGAGCCGGAAGCUGACAUCCGGCAGAUGCUCCUGGAGACCCUUCUGCUG